UGGUUUUAUUAAAUACGCCGCACGAGAAGACUGCAAUUUCUUGUACUGUUUCACUCAUGAAGUUGCAAGCUUCGAAAUUGUCUUCCUUUAACUACGAUACACGGAUCGAAACCUGCACUGCAUGUUGCAUGCAGUCCGUAUACAUAGUGCAGAUGAUUGAGCCCACGUUUGCUGGAUUUCUGUUUGUGUGUUCCCUAAAACUUUUAUAUUUUAUUCUGCACUGAAUGAAAUGAGGUCGGUACAAGGUACCGUAUUGAAAAUGUUAAUUUUUCACGUAAAAGGACUUUCCACGAGAGUAUAAAGGAAUCAGUUCAAUGUAAUCCGGAAUAAUAAAUAUUUCGCCGAGAACGGACCGUUUUACGACACGACUACCUACUAAGUUGCAGAUGCAGGUGACAUAUUUUACAGCAUUGCAGUUAGCAAACAAGUUUCUUCACCAAAUGCAAUCAUUAUACAGAGUGGAAUUUUCAUAGUAGGUGGUUGGCAAAAUGAAAUCAACUUUUUAUCUAAGGUAAAACUUCCAGGCUCUGGAACAAAUGGAGGAGCCAAGGGAAAUCGAUAUAGACACGUUUCAGUGUCCCGAAGAGCUACUAGAGUCGAUUGAAGAUUUGCAAUAUAAAGUUGAAGAGCUGCAAGUUUAUUGCCAGGAAAGCGAGAAGAAAAAUGCUGAGCUACAGCAGCUGUUAAUUGAAAAAGAACAGGAUUGCAAGAAAAGACUGAAUGCGUCGUCUGAAGAACUGUCGAAGUUACGUGAAACGAAAGUUCGCAUUGUCAGAGAAAAUGUUAUGAAAGAAUGUGCUGUUACUCCAAGGUGGUUUAAUGCCUUAACGAAAUCCGUAGAGCAAGAGAAGAAGAUAACAGAACUUACCAAGCAGGUUGACGACCUCAACAUGCAAUUGAUGGAUAAGUCAAAGACCAUCUCGUCUCUUGAGUGGAAAGUGAAGGACUGCGAGGCUACUAUAGUUGUCCUUACUUCAGAUAGAAAUCGCCUUGCUCUUGAAAUCGAUGAUAUGGCAUUGCGUAUUGAAGAGUUUGAGUAUGCUGAGAAUUUUCGUAAGAAAGACUGUGAGAGAAGCCAGACGGAAACAGCCAGUUUCAACAGUUAUGAUGAAGAUGCAAUGAGUUUUAGUGAUAAACCAAGUGGAUUGCACAGCAGGACUUCGUUUCACAGUGAAGAAGGUCCAGAUAAUUUUGUUCCGCUGAAAAGAGCAGCGAAUUUUAGCAAUAUAAAUACUUUAGACGAAUUAGCAAAUUUUCAGGUAAAGCAGGAAGAUAUAAAAGAAGAUGUUGGGGAAUCUCUGUCAAAGACGCCUUCCGUCUCAACGAGUAAAGAAGAAAAUAAUAACAUUGUAGAUUCUUGUAGCGAGGGCUGUUCAAAAGAAACCGGAAAUGGUGAUAAUUGUGAAGUAGAAAGUAAUAGCAAUUGUGGCAGAGGUGAAAUGUCAACGGUCCCUGACGGUAAUUUGUCGGUAAGACUAAAAGAUGCCAGGUGGGAAAAAUUUGACCGAUCGGACAGUUCUGUUAAUCUUUCGAAACGUAGAGAGGUUGAACUUGAAAAAAAUCGAAUGCGAACAGAAAUGGAAAAAUCUAGUAUAUUUGAAAUGCAGAACUCACCUUUUACUGAAUUAUUAGAAUCAACACCAAUAACUGAAAGCGGUCAGAUAGAUGACGGAGAUAAAGAAGUAAAGCCACAUGGGACGAUUGAAGAGCUGGGAGCUUCUGGGGACCCAUGGGCAUCGCCCUCGGUUUCACCGGUUAUUGAGAAAAAGAACAAAAGUCUCUCGAGGAAUCUCUUUUGGGAGAAAAAUACUGACUGUACCAUUUAUCCAUUCUAUUUACCAGACGAAAGUGACGAGGAAGAAUCUCAAGAGACUAGUAACGCUGUUGAUCAUCUUGGAUUAGCAAGAGAACUAAGUGCGGGAAAGGACGAGGAAAUAUUUUCUAAAUUAGAACCAUUUAAGGACAAAAUCGACCUUGUAAGCCCAACAUCUUUACCAUCGAAUUUUUCGUUUGACGAGAAAAUGAUGUCCUUUGAUGAAGAUGACAUGAAACCGGCAAAAGUUUUUGUCAAGAAAGCAUCCAGGGAAAACCUGUGGGAUUUUGAACCCGACAGUAUUGUUGAUGUAAGCACGGGACAAACUAUUUAUGAGUCGAUGGCAACGGGAGAGGAUUCAGAUCAGAAGUCGAGAAGCAGUGACAAUAGCGAAGCAGGGGAUGCGACACAGAGGCCUGAAGUUUCGGAAACGAAGGAAGUGGACCCAUCACCAACUCGAGUACUAUCAAAGAACGAUUCAAGCGCAGGGACAUCUAGCAACAAAGAUACAAUUACUGAGAACGAAAGUACAGCAAAUGGUGACAUAACACAACAUGAGAAGCAGAUUAUCAAAAAAGGAUCGAAAAGGGAAAGAGAAGCAUUGCAGAGAUAUAUGCAAUGGAAGACGCAAGGAAAGCAGGGCAUGCCUCCUGCCAACUUCAAGAUAUCUUUGUAAGUAAUUUUUCGAUAUUUUUCCAUCCAUGCACCCUUUUAAAAUCUCAAGCAUUUUGCAGAUUUUAAAAAAGGCUACCAACUCCGUCGUUUGCCUACCUUAUAAUUUUUUUAAAAACAAAUUAUGAUCGAAUAGCGUUUUUAGAUAGAGAUUUU